UCGAAAUCGAGGAAGUCAUCAAAAAUCCAGGCAGCAAAACUGUCACACCCAUACAAUUUGUGCUAAAUUUCCUGAAAAUUUACUUUCAAAAGUAUACAAAAAUACCAUCAAAGAGUAGAUUGGGUGCUGUGCCACAAAGUGAAGUUGAAGUUUGGGUGGGAAAAGUGUUUUUCCGAAGAGAAAAAGUGAAUUAAAAAUUCCAGUUCAGGUCGAUUCCCAUCAGAAGCAGUCUUACUUUUUGGUCUUCUUUUUUCCGCUGUGCUAACUGGACGGACGGGAGACCCUUGUGGCAAAGUUGCAAAGAAGGCUUGAAAGUGUCAGUGUGUUGGUGAUUUGUUUACCAAAACAGUCGACGACGCAACGACUGGAUCGAUUCCCUCUUCGUGAGAAUUUCGAUUUGGUGACUCAUCACACCGUCAGUCUAGGUGGGUGCUGAACAAUGGGAACUCUGUCGGAUUUCGGCCAAGUGGCCCUAAAGUGGGAUCCGAAAAAUCUCGAGAUCCGCACAAUGUCGGUGGAGAAAACGCUGGAACCGUUGGUGCUGCAAGUGACGACACUGGUCAACACCAAGGGGCCUAGCAAGAAGAAGAAAGGAAAAUCGAAGCGUGCCAGUGCGCUGGUAGCGGCCGUGGAAAAAGCAACGGAUAUUUUUAUCGAACGUGGAGAGCAGAUUGCUUACGAGAAUCCGGAUAUUACACAGGAAAUGCUGUCGGCGGUGGAUGAGGUACGCAAGACUGGUUCUGCGAUGAGUAUUGCUGCUAGAGAGUUUUCUGAGGAUCCGUGUAGUUCACUGAAGCGAGGAAACAUGGUUCGCGCUGCGAGAAAUCUCCUAUCGGCCGUUACUCGCUUGCUGAUUCUUGCUGAUAUGGUCGAUGUACAUUUACUGUUGAAGUCUCUGCACGUCGUAGAAGACGAUUUGGACAAGUUGAGGAAUGCAUCCUCGCAGGACGAGUUGAUGAAUAAUAUGCGUCAGUUCGGAAGGAAUGCGAAUGAGCUAAUCAAACAGGCAGCCAAAAGGCAGCAGGAACUGAAAGAUCCUCAACUGCGAGAUGACUUGGCUGCUGCGCGUGCUGUACUAAAGAAGCACUCCACGAUGCUGUUGACUGCUUCCAAGGUGUACGUUCGCCAUCCGGAGCUAGAUUUGGCCAAGGUCAAUCGGGAUCACAUUUUGAAACAGGUCUGCGAAGCGGUCAAUACGAUCAGUGAUGUUGCUCAGGGCAAAGCAACGUCCCCGCAGGAUAUCUACGUCGGAGCAGGAGAAUUGGCUGCUGCGUUGGAUGAUUUCGACGAGGGGAUUAUAAUGGAUCCAUUGGCGUAUAAUGAGGUCCGCUCGAGACCGUCGUUGGAAGAGCGUUUGGAGAGUAUCAUCAGUGCUGCUGCGCUGAUGGCCGAUGCGGAUUGUACUAGAGAUGAACGUCGUGAGAGGAUCGUUGCCGAAUGCAAUGCCGUCCGACAGGCGCUGCAGGAUCUACUCUCGGAAUAUAUGUCGAAUAUGGGAACCAAGGAUCGCACUCCGGAAUUGGAACGCGCCAUCGGUCAGAUGUACCGUAAGACGAAGGACCUUCGCCGUCAGUUGCGUAAAGCCGUUGUGGAUCACGUUUCCGAUUCGUUCCUGGAAACGAAUAUGCCGCUGCUAGAUUUGAUCGAUGCCGCUCGUUCUGGAAACGAGAAAAAAGUGCACGAACGUGCUGAAACGUUCACCAAACAUGCCGAGAAGUUGGUCGAAGUUGCCAACCUUGUGUGCAGCAUGUCCAACAAUGAAGAUGGCGUGAAAAUGGUUCGCUACGCUGCGGCUCAGAUUGAAACCCUUUGCCCGCAGGUCAUCAAUGCCGCUCUGAUCCUCUGCGCACGUCCCAACUCGAAAGUGGCCCAGGAAAACAUGGAAGCCUACCGGCAGGCUUGGGAGAAUCAGGUCCGCAUUUUGACGGAAGCAGUCGAUGACAUUACCACGAUCGAUGACUUCCUGGCCGUGUCGGAGAAUCACAUCUUGGAGGACGUGAACAAGUGCGUUCUGGCACUGCAGGAGGGCGACGCGUUGGAUUUGCGAAACACGGCCGGCGCCAUUCAGGGUCGCUCAGCUCGGGUUUGCAACGUUGUGGAAGCGGAAAUGGACAACUACGAACCGUGCAUCUACACUAAGCGUGUGCUGGAGGCGGUCAAGGUACUACGCGAUCAGGUCAUGUCCAAAUUUGCACAGCGCGUCGACGUAGCGGUGGAUGCGUUGUCGUCCAAUUCGGCCAAGGAUGUCGACGAGAAUGACUUCAUCGAUGCCAGUCGGCUGGUGUACGAUGGAGUCCGGGAGAUUCGUCGGGCUGUGUUGAUGAAUAGGAGCUCGGACGAGCUGGACACCGAUACCGAGUUUGAACCCGUUGAAGAUAUGACCGUAGAAACCCGAAGUAGAUCGAGCGCACAUACUGGUGAUCAGACCAUCGAUGAGUAUCCGGAUAUCAGUGGAAUUACGACUGCUAGAGAAGCUAUGCGUAAGAUGAACGAAGAGGACAAGCAGAAGAUUAUGCAACAGGUCGAGCUGUUCCGUCGCGAGAAGCUGACGUUCGAUUCGGAAGUGGCCAAAUGGGACGACACUGGUAACGAUAUCAUCUAUCUGGCCAAGCACAUGUGUAUGAUCAUGAUGGAGAUGACGGACUUUACCCGCGGUCGUGGUCCGCUGAAGACCACCAUGGACGUGAUCAACGCUGCCAAAAAGAUCUCCGAGGCGGGCACCAAGCUGGACAAGCUGACCCGUGAGAUCGCCGACCAGUGUCCGGAAAGUUCCACCAAGAAGGAUCUGUUGGCUUAUUUGCAGCGCAUUGCGCUCUACUGCCACCAAAUCCAAAUCACGUCGAAAGUAAAGGCCGACGUGCAAAACAUCAGCGGUGAGCUGAUUGUGUCAGGGGUAAUUCUGGACAGUGCCACCUCGCUUAUUCAGGCGGCUAAGAAUCUAAUGAAUGCCGUUGUUUAUACGGUAAAAUACUCGUACGUUGCAUCUACCAAAUAUACUCGCCAGGGAACCGUCUCGGUAAGUUCACCGAUCGUGGUUUGGAAGAUGAAGGCACCGGAAAAGAAGCCCCUCGUGCGCCCGGAAAAGCCGGAAGAGGUCCGUGCCAAGGUUCGACGAGCCUCGCAGAAAAAGGCGCAAAAUCCGGUGCAUGCUCUCUCGGAGUUCCAGAGCCCAACGGAUGCCGUUUAGGCCAGGUAAAUCCUAACGCACAGCGCAAUCUAAUUCCUCUAUUCCAGCAGCUCGUGAUGGUAGCUCGCCGAAGCUACUGUGCAACACUUUAGACCUAAAAGACACACCUACCUAUUAUGUAGUGGAUUUGUAUGAGUUUACACGUCUAUGUUUUUUUUUUUGUGCUUCUAUCGGCAAAGGGAAAAAGCGGAAGUCAUAUAGGGUAGAAAUUUAUUCCAAAUAAAUGUUUUAUUUAUUUUUAUGUCACAUAUAUGAAAACUUAUAUUUUAUCGAAUGACGAGGAAAGGAUGGACGCAAAAUGACUGAAAAAAAUAUCGCAUAUUGAGGUGGUAAGGUAACGAAGUGAAACACGCAUCUUUUUGGCACUCUCAAAUUUGAAAUUGAAACCCCAUUUUAUCGAUGUACGUGAGUUAUAUCUAUUUUAUGAUUUUUUUUAUAGAUGUUCAUCGUCGGUUCAUAUUUAUUUAACAAUCAAAAUAUAUACACAUAAACGAACUUAAGCAUUUUUCUAAUUGGCGCAUUUCGCAAGCGAUGAUCAGUAUUUUAGACACAAGAAAAAGACAUGAUAUAUAAAUGUGUAUGAACAAAUAAUAUUCAAUGGAAGGCAUAAAUGACUAUUACGAUUUAAAAUGGAUAAAUUUUACCGUUGAACAUUUGCCGAAUUUAUCUUCUGACAAACGACAGAGAGAGAAAAAACGUAAAUUAUUGAUAUUUGAAACGGAACAGAUUUAUGAAAGCUCAAAUUAAUCAUACCUAUAACAGGGGGAGGCACCUCAAAAUUGCGGGGAAGAAUGCCAUCCCUCUUUUGACUUUGAAUACCUAUAUAGUAGUAGUGUUACGAUGAUGUUAGAAAGUCUCAAACAGGUAAAUUGUAUUGCAAAGAAUUUACUUUUCACACAUACUGUAUUACCCAUACAUACACAACACAACACGACACGAAUAUUAUACAUAUAUACGAUAAACAAAGCGUAACUAUUAGACAGUGGAUUCGAAA